UGGAGGAGAGGAAAUAUCCCAUGGCUGACUGUGCCAAGGUGGAGACUGAGCCAGCCCUCGGGCCUGCGGGCUGGGCGGUGGCCCUCGGAGAUAAGCCAAUCCCUCAGCUGCAGGUGAGGAUCCCUGAGAAGCAUUGUUCAGGGACAGAGGUAAGUCACUUCUCUGAGCCAGAGGAGGGGUGGCAGGUACCCUGCACCCAGCCCAGGAAGCAGGUGGUCUCCAGGAGAGUCGGGAGCCCCACUCCUCCGUGUGCUCCGUGCUCCCCACAUCUGGAAGGGCUCCAGUGUCUGCCUCUCCCUCCACGACUGGGGGACGGGGAACAUGAGUCGGUCAAGGCAUGUGGGCAAGAUCCGGAAACGUCUAGAAGAUGUCAAGAGCCAGUGGGUCCGACCAGCCAGGGCUGACUUCAGUGACAACGAGAGUGUGCGGCUGGCCACAGAUGCCCUCUUGGAUGGGGGUCCUGAGGCCUAUUGGCGAGCACUCAGUCAGGAAGGUGAAGUGGACUUCCUGUCCUCUGUGGAAACCCAGUACAUCCAGGCCCAGGCCAAGGAGCCCCCCUGUGCCCCAGAUCUUGCAGGAGGGGCUGAAGCAGGCCCCAAGGGACUCGACUCCUGUUCCCUGCCAUCAGGAACCUACUUCCCUGUGGCCUCAGAGGGCAGCGAGCCAGACCUGCUGCAUACCUGGGCCUCAGCUGAGAAGCCCUACCUGAAGGAAAAGUCCAGUGCCACUGUGUACUUCCAGAUGGACAAGCACAACAACAUCAGAGACCUCGUACGCCGCUGCAUCACCCGGACCAACCAGGUCCUGGCCAUCCUGAUGGAUGUGUUCACGGAUGUGGAGAUCUUCUGUGACAUUCUAGAGGCAGCCAACAAGCGUGGCGUGUUCGUCUGUGUGCUCUUGGACCAGGGAGGUGUGAAGCUCUUCCAGGAGAUGUGUGACAAGAUCCAGAUCUCUGACAGUCACCUCAAGAACAUUGCCAUCCGGAGUGUGGAAGGAGAGGUGUACUGUGCCAAAUCAGGCAGGAAAUUUGCUGGCCAAAUCCAGGAGAAAUUCCUCAUCUCAGACUGGAGAGUCGUCCUGUCUGGAUCCUACAGCUUCUCCUGGCUCUGUGGACAUGUCCACCGGAACAUCCUCUCCAAGUUCACGGGCCAGGCAGUAGAGCUGUUUGAUGAGGAGUUCCGCCACCUCUACGCCUCCUCCAAGCCCUUGAUGGGCCUGAAGUCCCCGAGGCUGACCACACUCCUGCAACCCAGAGAGGGUCCCAGCAUCCCCAACGGCCGUCUGAGUGGCAGCAGCUGCUCUGCCAGUGACCGCACAUCCUCCAACCUCUUCAGCAGCCCGUCGACAGGCAGCAACCCCCACAACCAGAGUGUGUCCAUGUCCUCGGGGCCUGGCAGUCCCCUGGUCCCAAACCCUCCCCCACCUCCCAGGUUUCAGCCUUACCAUGGGCCUUGGGGAGCCCCGUCUCCACAGGCCCUCUUCUCCCCCAGGCCUCACGAUGGCCCUCCCACCCCCUACAACAACCUCAAUGCCUACAGGCCCACUAGGCUGCAGCUUGAGCAGCUUGGCCUAGUCCCCAGAGUGACCCACAUCUGGAGACCCUUUUUACACGCCUCACCUCAUUUCUGAAGGGCUCUGCUGUGCUCCCAGGGCCAGGUCAGAGCACCUCUGAAUUUGUUGGUUCAUAGACCCCACCUCAACAACCAAGAGUGUUGAGCCUGAUUCCUUCAAAGGCACUUGGACAGAAUCAUCGCCUGUGUCAGAAUGUUCCCAGGCCUAAAACCAUCUGCUUGCAACCCCCACCAGCCCCUGGGUUGCCCCUCACUGGUUUGGCCUACGCAACCCUUUCCAGAAUGUUUCAGGAAGGCGGGGGUGGCAGGGAACUAGAGGACAAGAUCAUGACAACCGAGCCCCUGUCUUCCGAAAUCAGUGUUAAUGGAGUCCCCAAGUCUCCAUGAUGUAAAAAAGGGGCAGAUGUGGUGUGAGACCUGGGAACUUUAGACUCUACCACACAGAAGUGAAAUUGAGUCUUAUGAGCACAAAAAUUAAGGAAAAGCCUUUAUUGGGGCCUCCAAUUGGAAAGGGAGACACAGCUCCCACAGGAAGGUCAGGCUGGCUUGCUGGAACAGAAAAGGGCCUAUUUUUACUGGCUGCUUACAGGGUGGGGCUCAGGAAUGUGGCCCUGAUGAGCUACGUGAAUGCACCCCAGCUCUAGUGAUGCCCACUGUUGAGGAGGUAACUGGGGCACAUGAGCCAAGAUCUAGGGGUGCAUUUGCCCUUUGUCCUCAUCACAUACGCAGCUUAAGUUUUACUAAUGGGUAAACUGAGGUACCAACAUGGAGAUGACUGGUAGGUACUUCUGUUUCCCAGGAACGGCCCACUGCCUGGAGAUUUGGAUAAGAAAGAGUCAGGAGAGGAUGUGGGAACAUUCUAGAUGUUUCUGGGAGAGUCAGAGAAACUCCUCUUCCCUAGAAAUACUGGGCUACCCUUGGGCCCAGUGAAUUAGACAGAUGGCAUCUAUCUUAUUUUUUUAAAAUUCUAUUCCUAUCUCAUUUUUCUUCUCCCCUCCCCCCC